AGCGAGAGAGGGAGUGCUCUUGCCAGCUCAGAUUCCAUCUCCUCUCUAGGCGCCCGGGUGCCCGUCGUGCGCUGACAGUCUCACUCCUGGACACAGCGGAGCUCUGGCCAAUCACAAACACAUAGGCAUUUCUCUCCCAGUCGUUCUCAUCCCCCUGUACUCCAAGAAGAAGAAGAAAAGAGCGGUCCGGGGCUGCGGAUGAGCGUGUCUUUGUGCCCUUGCUCCUGGGGCGGGCUGACAGAGGCGGCAUUGUUCGCAGGCUGUGCCCGCUUGGCAGCCGGAGAAGGUGGGAUCUGCGCCCUGCAUACGGAAUCGCCCAGAAGCUUUUGCUUCCUCACUGGGAGAGCCUAUAUGAAGACCUGUGUGGAUGAUGUUAUAAGGCUCUGCCAAGAUAACCAGAGAGGCACAUUGCUCGGCAGUGGUUAUUGCUGAAGAGUGGUGGCUCUGGGGUGUCAGUGCUCAGGACUACCAGUAAGAUGUAUGUGCUUUGCCAAGAGUAUGCUUCUGCUACAAAGAAAUAAAUAUAUGUGUAUGCGUAUCUCCUAUACAAAAAAAAAAUCUAUGAAAAUAUAUGCAUUAAAAAACAGAAGGUGCAUGCAGCACAGAUGUCAGUCUUCUUCAAGGAGUAACUUCUUCAACCCCAAGUGAUACCAGCUCCUGCUAGUACCAUGGGGCUAGAGGGUGUUUUUUUAGGCAGUGGACAGAUCCACGUAGUCCUGUGGGGAAGUUUGGCAGCCGUGACGACACUCUUGUUCCUCACCUUCCUCAUCUUCCUUUGCUCCAGCUGCAAUGGGGAAAAGAAGGCCAAAAAUCAGAAUGGAGAUCAUGAAAAUCUGAUGAGUGUGCCUUCCGAGAAGGAGGUUUUCAGCCAUUCCAUCACAAGUUCAGCUACAGAGCCUCCCCCAAACAGUGAACAGAAUGGAGCACUCAGCAAUGGUGAGGUUCUUUCUGAGGACAGUACAGCUGCCUGUAUCCAGCCUUAUGAAGAAGUACAGACAUCUGAUCUACUAGAACAGGAUAGUCUUGGAAAGUCUAUAAAAUGUCACCAGAGCCGGGAACUACCCAGUAUUCCCCCUAACAACCCCAUGGAAACUAUCAUCUCACCUAGAAAUGCAGAAAACGAUCAAGGUCUUGGAAUGGAAGGGCCUUAUGAAGUCUUGAAAGACAGCUCCUCUCAAGAGAACAUAGUUGAAGAUUGCUUGUAUGAAACUGUGAAGGAAAUUAAAGAUGUUGGAGCAGUAGUCAGCACGGAAGGGAACUCUAACAGAAAAUCACUGACAGUUUCUGAAGGUCAGAAUCAGAUUCCUGAGUGCAGAAUUGAGUCAGCAGAAUAUGCAUCUGUUGACAGAAAUAAGAAGAGUCGCCAAAGUGCAAAUUCAGAAAGUCCUCUUGACAACACACCAGAUGUAGAGGACGAGCUUCCCCCUCCAGUACCUAUGAAACUUCUUGAUGAAAAUGAGAAUGUUCAAGAAAAAGAAGUGGAAGAAGGAGUGACAGAAGGAGCAAGUAAACCAGAAAAGAGGCUUAGUUCAGUGUCUUACAAGUCUCGAGAGGAAGAUCCAUCUCUUACAGAAGAUGAGAUCUCAGCCAUGUACUCAUCGGUGAGUAAGCCAGGACAGGCCAUCAAGGCACUGGAUUCUCCUUACACCUGCAUUCAAGAAAUUGCAUCUCAGAGGUCCCCGUCUAUUUGCAGUGGCCUCUAUGCAAGUGUGAAGGACUUUGAAAACACCCUGAAUUCUACCACUGUGCCUCAGUCAGCGGACUAUGAAGCCAUCCAGUCAGUGAGCCAAGAAGAAGACAGGACCUUGUCCGUGCCUAACACAAACCACACUGCUCUUUCAGGAGAGAAUGACUAUGAGAGCAUAGGGGACUUGCAGCACCACAGGGAAUUCACCAGACUUUAACUGCUCCGGCAGCAGAUUUCCCCGCCGUUAUUUUCAAAGAACAAGUGAAACACGGAGAGGGAAGUGCUUUUCCUUUUGAGGAACAAAGCUAAGUACGGACCACGAGUUGUGAAGAAGCAAUGUACGUGUCAGCCAGGGUGUGAUACCUGCUGGUUUUUCUGGGUGGUGGAUCAAGGCUCAUGGGAAAGGGUGCUUCAGGUCAGAAAGAUGACCAGGACAACGUAAAGGUUUCCUUAUUAUUACUAGCUCCAAGGCAAACGUAAUUUGGGAAGGAGUGCCAUGCUUGUCAUCCUGAUAGGAUUACGUACCAAAAAGACUACCUUUACACAAAACUAGCUUCUCAUUUCAAGAGAUUAUUUUAUGUAAUUUUCUUCAAAGUGUUUUUCAAGCAUAAUUUUUCAUUCACGUUUUGGCGUCUGCAAUGUUGAGCAAACCACAGAUAACUGUACCUCAACUCAGACUUACUUUGCAGGGCUGGGGAAGAUGCACUCACUUCUGUGUCUUUUGGGGAGCUCUGUCCACAUUCACUGCAACUAAAGUGCAAACAACAGUAGUUCGCAAGGGACUGACUCCAAAUGUACUUGAAUUAAUUCUGCUGGCUUUUUUUUUUUUUUUUUUUUAAUGUCAAAGGCUGUAGAAUGUGACGAAGUAUUUGAGAUGUGUACUGGUAUUUGUAGGGAUUUUGUUUGAUUAUUUGUGAAAUAUCCAUUUAAAAUGGCAAUGGUCACCCUUAGCAUUCUUGCACUGUUUCCCUCAAAUGGACAUAAACACCUACACAUACACAACCCAGACAAUUGUCAUGUUGAAAAAGUUGUGCAAAUGAAUGCAUUGGCAUAAUGUGUAGUCUAACCUUGGUAGUGCUGGGUAAUUUUUUUGCAGAAUUUUGCCCUUUUUAAAGAUUUAAGUAUUUUAAUAUGUUUGUCUAGUUUCUUAUAUAGGAAAAAUUAUGUACUGUGUUGAGUGGAUAAUAUUUUUUAUUUUUUACAACAUAUUUUUCAUCUUCAAAGUUUUUGUAAAUUAACUUACUGGGGUUUUUAACAGGAGGAAUCCCAUUCUUUAUUUGGGCUUUAUUUGGAUUUUAUUUGGUUUUGUUUUUUUAAUUUUUUUCCUAUUUCAAAAGUAGAUAAAGGAGAAUUGCUUUGGGGUUCUUUUGUUGGCUUUUUCUGUCUCCUUGAGCAGGGCUAUGGAACAUGCCUUGCUGUUUUUAAGCUAAAAUCAUGGAGUCUAUAUAAAAGAACACUGCCAAAGGGCAAAAAAGAGGCAAAAGAGACAGUGGGAUUUAGUCAGGCAUAGCCACUGAUCCUCCUUGUUCUUCUAGUAAAAGAAGCAGGAGGGCAACCAAGACCUUUUUGGGCCUCUGACAAGCGGUUUGAAAGCAACUGGCUUUUCAGAAAUGCUGAGUUAUUUUGUUACUGUGAAAAACAAAGUACAGUGCUUGGAUGAAAUAUGCAGGUACUGGAUUGGUACAUUUUUUCUUCAGGAAUAAUACAAUAAAUAAUAUGAUGGUACAAGAACAGUCCAAAAGUAAUGAACUAGCAUUGUGUGACAUGCAUGUGCACAUACCCCCAUGUAUAUAAGCAUACACUUGUAAUUUUGACACAAGCAUAAGUUAUAGUCCAAGCUUGGCAACAUUCACAUACGUAAUAUCUGGCAUGUGCUUGAAGAGCAGUUUAUUUUUAAUUCAAAAUAAACAGUACAUAAACUGAGGUUGGCUUAUUCUGUAGUAAACAAAACAGGUUUACUUUCAGCUCGGUUGGUACUGGGUUUUGAAGGCUGAGCCCUUCUGAGAUCCUUGGUCAGUGCUCAACAUGACUUGGUACUAUAAAGAGCAAAUGUAGAUCUGGUUAUACACACUUAUUGGAAAUAGCUUCAUAACUGAAAGAAGUGUGCUGAUUUAUAGGCUUUGCCUGUAAGUAGUACAGCUCUGAGGAACAGUGCAAUUGUGCAGUCAACCUCUGCCCAUGUGGUGGUUCAAACUUUGUGGAUCCUGGCCUUGUGCGACAGUGCAGCAUGCUCGAUCUACGACUCUUUCCUUGGAGGAGAAGCAGUUCAGACCACUCUACAUCCAUCCUGCUCUUGACCAUGCUGCUGUGUUUUGACAGCUGCAACAAACCCUUUGCUACCACUUCAGUGCUUUUGAAGGAUUACUGUAGUUUUGCCUUCUGGAGCUUUUCCCUUUAGAAAAGUUUUUGUUUCUGUUUCCUUGAAUGUGAACUCAUGAAGUUCACCUUUGAAUGUCCUCUUCUUCUACUUCAUACUGUUUAAGGCCAAAGAUAAGAUGCACCAUGUUUCAAAAGAUUUGUUGUGCUAAGUCUAGAGAAUUUCUUUAGUCUUUGACUAUGUGUUUGCUGUCUGUUCCUCGCUCAGGGGUACCAGUUUAUAUAUUGUAGUCCUCAGCCUGACUCCUGUGGCUAAGUGGCAGGCAUACCUCAACUCCUGAAAUUCCCAAAUAUAUCUCAAGAUAUAGUUAUCCCUUUACAUGGAUGACUGCUUUUGGAGAAACAGUAGGAACACGAGGUUUGCCAGGUUCACUAGGUUCAACUUCAAGAACAAUUCAAAGAUAUCUUGAGAUAAUAUCAGUUGAUAGCAAAGAAUAGCACUGAAUUCUUGACUGUAAAAUUUUAAGGUGCAAAAGAAGAAAAGCAAACAUCACUCUAGAAAUACCCCCAUUGAGACCAGCAGGUCCCAGGAUGGUGGAGGCCUGUCCAGUCAUUCUGUUGUCUUUCAUAGCCAGAUCAGAAAUGUUGCUUUGUAGGAAAGGACACAAGGCCUUCUACCCUUUCUUUUCUCUGUUCUGACAACUGCUCAUGAGACUCCCUAGACUUCCCUUUUUCACAGGGAAAGAAAACUUUUCCUCCCCCUUCCUUCUUGCUUUGGUUUCUGUUUUUAACUUGUCUCAUACAGCCUUGCACUGGGAGCUGGUACCAUGUCUGCAGUCCUGUGGCAGUGGCACAUUCCUGCCUGUUUAAAUGACUUUCAGGCUGGUCGCAACCUUUUAAUGGUCCAUCAGACCUCAGCCUCAUGGAGAAGCAGUUCACAUUUUGGAUUGCUGAUUUUGGGAUGUGUGUCUGCCCUCAGCCUUCAGACUCACACACAGUGGACUUAAGAGCUGCAAAAAAGAAUUACCCUCCUGAACAAGGAUGUACAGGGGAGUCCAUAACUCCCCUGCAAUCUCCAUUAUGUAAUCUAAUGCUAAAGCAAAAUGUUUUAGAAUUCAGUCUGAGGAUGGUAAGUGAGCAUUUACAUUUCUUGACAAAGAAUCAAGGUUCUGGUUUAGUUCCCUCUUCCCAGAAGUAAUACCUGUUCCUUUAUGGUUGUUGUCAAUGCUUCCUUUUCAUUAAUAUAUUUAAUAGAAAGAUUUUCCCCAGCAGUAAUCCCCAAAGAGAUUAAUCUGACUGUAAAGAAAAGGGAGUCUCUUCUAGUUUUGUCUUUACUGCUCUUUUUAACUCUUUCACCAUAUCCCUAAAUAAAAUUUCAACAUCCAAAAUUAAGUAUUUGUUACUUGGUGAUAUUUUCUGGGGAAACUUCACAGUCUGUUUCUUUGCCUCCUUUUUUUGGUACAACUGUACAAUAAGAUCUCAUGUCAAACUGCCACAGUAAGGCCAAGAGAAGCUGUAAUGCUUAUAUAACUGCUCUAGUGAAGAAGUCUUUUUGAUUUCCCUCUGGGAACUGGUAGAAAAUAGGAAAUGCAGUUCAGACGUUUCUUCCAUAAAUCUGCGUCUCCCAUGAGAGUGGGUCUUACCACAUACCUAAACCAGUGCUAAUCCAAUAUGUAAACCAGUCAUUCUUUUCUACUGUGAGUGUAGAAUAACUUUCUCAGUCACAAAGAGAAAUAAAUUCUUUGCAGAUACCUGUAGCGCAGGCAUGUACCUAAUUACCACAGUUAGAUCAGUUAUAGUGCCUUUUCUACAAAGUAGCUAGUACUUCCAUACUCUUUUCCAUACUGUAUGUGUUUAACUCAAAAGUACAAAGGGACAAUGCCAACAUUUACUUGUCCCAAGUUGGAAACAUCUUUAUAGAGAUGCAGUUAAUGUACUGGACCUCAGUUAGCCCUAAUAGCAAUAGUCACUCACGAAGAUCCACUAAAAAGCCCAGUAAUGUAGCUAUGAUGAUUAAGCUUUGCAAUAAGAAUUAGCAGUCUUCUUUUGAAGAACCUAGGUUUUACAAUAGUGAGCAUUCAGGGAGGUGGUGUUCAUGUCAACUGUGGAAAAUUUGUUGCUUCAGUCUUUUUAUUAAUAUAAACUGCAGGCUUGCUUACAUGUAGCAGGAUCCAUGGAGUGAGGGAUGAGGUGUGGGGAUUCAUGUUCAUGAGUAACCCAGAGCUGGGUUAUCCCCAUAGUUUCAACUGGCUGAUGACCAGCUGCCUUGUUCUCCAAGCCCUCAUCUAUUGUGCCUUCAAGGAAUUCAUCCUGCAGGGAUGCUUCUGGGCUGCAUGCUUCUCCAUGGCUCCCCGAACAGCUCCUGUUUGCUGUUUUGAACACAAUUCCGUGUACGCGGUGCUCUCUGUUCAACUUUUCAAUGGUGCUUUUAUAAGAUGCUGGAUAAAUGCUUUGCAUGUGCUUUCUGAAAGCUGACGUGUAAAGCUGUGACACAGAGUGCUCUCUCUGGUAUUGCCUCCUUCCCAGAACAUAGUGUUAACUGUGCUACUCUCGCCUACAAAAGCUGCAGUGCUGCCCUGUCUCUUGCUCAUCUCACUGCAGCAGAGUGGAGUCACCACUUGGGACAGGCCUGCCUAGGCUGGGACACGGGUGUUCAAAAGCAGCCAUUCAGGCCAGGAGACUUGGCUUGGAAGCAGCUAGAGAUGACUCUCAUCUGUGCACUGUGGGACUGGAAACAUCAUAGCCCAGCUCAAGGACUUUUUUUUUUUCUGUCUCCUAUUGUGCAUAUACAUUUGUUUACCAUGUGACUGUAAGAAAUCUGUUUCUGUAACAGACAUUUUAAUUUGGACCGCACUCCAGUGAGGGACUUUUGCUCUUAGGUAAAUAACCAGUUAUUUCAGAUGAGCUUUAUUUUUUGAGGUUGGAGUAUGCCUGAAUAAGGCUUUUAUGUGCCUCACAGGUAAUUUGGUGUGGUAGUCUGCUGCAAAACAGAAGAAUGCAGAAAGAUGGAGCCUGACAAAUUCCUUUGGUGGUGUGCUGAAGACUUUCAAAGGCAGGUCUCUUCCUGGGAGCAGGAAACAUAAUUACUGUUAAUAUGAUUUCAUACCCUGGUGCUGAAGUUGAUUUGUAGCAUCUCUUCUGGGAUGGUGGUGGCUGAAGUCAUUGCCAGAGCAGAUCUCAGCCUCAGAAAAGAAAAAAUAUAUAUAAUAUAUAUCCCUUGCUGGCAAGAAACAUGUGUUCAGGACUGUGUUAAAGAUAAAUGCUGCUAGUGGGACAUCACAGAGCUAAAAAUACAGGGUUCCCUUUCUUCAAGGAGAGAGAGAAUCCCUUUGGUUGGUCAACAUAAAAUAUCCCAGGCUCACAAAAUGUAUUAAACAAAUUAAUUUGCCUCUGUUGUAAUUUUCCAGGAGUGCAUUAGGAUAUCACACACAUUGGCACUGUUCUUUUCUCCUGAACAGAAGAAAGAUGACAGUUUAUUUGUAAUACAAAGUUCCCAUUGAUUAAUUGAUUAAACUUAAUUCAUAUAUUAUCCAAAGGUCAGCAAGAGCUUCUACACAAUGUAGUUAUAUUUUAGCUCUGGCACCCCCAUUUCCAUAAAAAUGCACAGAUUAUAUCUGCAUUACGUACCCAUUGGUCUGUGCCCAGUCUAUGGGUAAUAGAAAUCUUUCAGUUCUGUUUUUACAAGCUGCAAGGUUUUGUUUCUGGAGGCCUUCAGUUUUAAACUGGCCAGAAGAACAGUCACUACAAGUAUGAUAGCAAAGUGCCUAAAAAUAUGGAUGUUUCUGUAAAGGUGUGCUCACUGUUAUUGCAUAGCCACUUGACUACUGUACGUGAUGCCCUCUGGCCAUUCACCUUCCUAAAUAUUGGCUUUCAUUUGUGGUGUUUGUUUAUUGUUAUAAUAGCACAGUCUAAGGGUUUUGUCUCUGCAAAUUCAUUGGCUAAUUUUAACUAGCAUGUGUUUGUACAGAAAAUACAAUUUUUAUUUCUUUUUCCAUUUAGAAAGCAGCUAUGUUAUUUCUUAUAGUUUGUGAUAAUGCAACAAACAGCUUAUAUUAUUUAUAAGGUAUGUAAGUAUAGCUUGACUUCAAAAUGCUUCAUUUGAGAUUUUGCAAUGCCUGCUGUUCACUACAGAACAAUAUAACCAACUCUUGUCCUUUUAAUCUUGUUAUAUUGGGGAGGGGGGCUUAAACCUUACAAAUCUUAUUGCUAAAAAAAAAAAAAAAAGAAGAAAAAGCAAUGCUGAUGUUUCAAUUCUAAUGUCUAAAAAGAUAACAGUGUUAACUCAUAUUUUAACUUUCAGCAUAGGUGGGAUUUGGACUACUGUCUUAUUUAGGGAAUUGCUCUUCCCCACUAUGUUCAGCUGUCACCAUCUGAGUGUCUCCUUUGUCUUUAUUGAAAUAUGACAGUUGUACAGAGGGCACAGAAACUGCAUCACAUUGACACUUCUGAAUGGGAUCUUUUCAAUGUGCCUGUGAGAUUCAGGAGCCUGGACUUAAGUCAGAUGUUUUGAGGUAAUCACAUCCUGUUUGGAGGUCUUUCUUUCACUGCAAGAAAUUCUGCAGCUUGCAAGCACUCAAAUGACAUCGAAAGACACAUAUAAGAUGUGAAUGGUCACAAUGUUUAAAUGCGUUAUUAAAGAGACAUCUAAGAGCACAAGAACCUGCCUUCUCACCUGUCUGAGGAUACUGCAAUUUGCUCUUUGUAUCUGAGACUGAGAAAGGUCACAUAACCAAGUCUCCUCAGAACAUCCUACCAUCAAGACAGGUCUUUGAAAUGAGCCACUAUGGUGGCUCCUGCAUUUCUGCAUGUAUCACCUUCAUCAUUUCCAGAACGGCCUAUCUCAUCUCAUCUCAUCUCAUCUCAUCUCAUCUCAUCUCAUCUCAUCUCAUCUCAUCAUCUCAUCUCAUCUCAUCUCAUCUCUGUGGCGAUGACUACUUAGGAAUGGCCCUUUGCUUCACAGUCCCAACCCCUUUAACUUAAGGAAGGGGAUGUGAGCUACUUCUCCUCAGUCUGACCAGGCUUUCUAGAUGAAAGUGUGCUAGGAGCCCACCUUCAAACCCACAAAAGAGCAUUCACUGUCAGGGUAAGACAGGUACAGCCCACUGCAGCAGCAAGGAAGAAGUAACAAUAGCUAAGUUUCAUUUGCACUUCCCCCACCUCAAAGACAACCUGUUUCAAAAGAUUUUUAAAGUAGAAAAGGUUACAGUAAAGGGAUGAGUUGCUGAGAGUCUCACAAGAGAUGGAUAACAUUUUUAUUCUUCUCAGCAUUCUGUAUAUACAGAGGCAGGAGCAAGUCAUCACCACCCAACCAUGUUGCAGUUGGAUUAUCUUUUAUCAAACUUCUGUAUCAAUGGAACUGAAAUUAAUAAAUUCUAAAUACAUGAUUUUGUUCUAUUAGAAGCUCAACAUGGACAAAUGUAAAUACACUAAAGUACCAUGUGUAGAUCUCGAUUUGCAUCAUAUGGGUUUUUUAGCAAAAAACAAAGCCAAAACCCAAAUGAACAAAACCCCCAAUCCUAACUGGAUUACUUUAUUUAAAUAGAAUUACUUGCAUGAGCCAAGGCUGCAGAACUGGGCCCUAAGAGUUUAGAAGUUUGGUUUAGUGAUAGGUACUUUUAUUUGUAUUUUCUUUUAUAUUAGUGAAUUUGUAUGACUUCCAUAAGAACAACAAUAGUCAGUUAUAUGGGUAAUUAUGUCUAAUAUUUAAUUAUUAAAAUCAUGCCUCAGUAAGAGUCACUUAAAAUUGGGUGCUAUAUGAGCUUCAGCAUAAAAUCAUUCUACAUAUGGAACACUGCAUACUAAGAACAUAGUGGAUAAGAAUUUGUAAAUACAGACACUUGUGUUUAUUUUAUCCAUUGUUUUAUAAUGGAAAAAAAUACGUGUUACUGGAAUAUCUCUGAGCAAAGUUCUCUUACAUAGUGUUCUAACAACAAAAAGUGUUUUCUGGACAACUGUUUGAGUCUCUGAUCACUGAUACAGAACUGCAAAACAUCCUCAGAACAAUAUGAGCUUGUGAAAAGAGAGGCUAAGAACUGGCUAUCUUAGAGUGCCUAUAGCUGAAUAUAGUGCAAAGUUCAGCUUUGUAGGCAGUGAGAGCAGCUCAGUGAUUCAAUGACUGCGCCAUGUGCAUCCAGAGUCAAUGCAUGCAGAUUUCUGAGAUGGCAUUAGCUAAGGCUUGUUGGCUACAUGAAGGGUUAUUUGGCUUGCUACCUGUUUGAAAUCAAAAUACUUUUAUCAACACCACUGCACACACUGAAAUACUGUAGUUUUGCAGAAUGUAUGUUCCAUAAAUUGUAGUUUAAAUGUAAUUACAGGGCUUAUCCUACUGUUAGAGCAGUUCAGAUCCAACACUAAACUGCAUUUUGUAAAUUAACAAAUACCAUUAAAUUCCUCUCAAUAUUUUUAAUAGUAUACACAAGUUGAUGCCAUUUAGUCACACCUUUGUUCCAAAAAUCUUCAUCAGAUAUUUCUAUAGCCAAUUUAGCUUUUGGCUGCUGAAAGCACAGUAGGCAAUUAUGGUUAUUUACUGUAAAUGUAGACAAGUUUUAUGUAAAUAUUUCUGGGGGAAAAAAUGCUACAUGAACAUAUGAAGCAGUUAUCUAAAUGUAAGAACAUAGGUCAGUAAUAAAAAAGGAAGGUUUUAUUUAUGUACAGUAGUAUCCUAAUAUUUACUUGUUUAUAUGCAGAAAAAAAAAUUAUUCUGUACGGUACUCUCUGAAAGUAUUUAAAAGAGGCUCUGCCAUUUUCUCUGGUUGUUAUAUUUGCAAAUAACUCUUGAAUUUAUUGGAAAUCCAUGUAAAUGAUGUCAAAUGGGAAAUGUUAUAUUGCAAUGAAAUUAUUUUAAUUCAAAAAUCCUGGGAAAAUUAAUUGGAUUAAAAUCUAUAGAGAAAUUCAAUAGCCAGACAGAAUAA